CCAAAAGUACGAGACAAGCAAAUGACACACGAGACAUGGCAUUUCCGGUGUAAAUUCCGGAAGUUCCGUAAUCUAAGUGACGUCAGAUCUUGACAGCUGCUAUUUAUACCGGUGAAGGUUCUCGGGAAACAACAAGAGAAGUAUCAAACAUGGCGGCGAACCACCGGUUAUUUUGCUUGCUUUCCAUGUUACUGGUUGGUGUGGUUAUCAGUAGCGCAGACGAUGAAAAUCCAGAUGUUUGCCAGCAGAGAGUCAAACCGGGUAUGUGCAUGGGUUAUUUUCCAAAGUGGUACUUUGACAGUAAGUUGAACAAGUGCAAGGAAUUCAUCUUCGGAGGGUGCCAGGGAAAUAGAAACAACUUUGAGUCCAUAGAGGAAUGUGAGAGGACAUGCCUACAUGCAAAUGACAAAGAAUUACAGUCUUCCUAUGACCAGGAAGAAAAGCAAGAAAGAUCCUCAACCACUCAUUCAGAUGAUAAAGAAUUCAAUUCUUCAGCUGAAGAACAAGAACACCAAGAAGGACCCUGUUUACAUAAAAUAAAAAAGAUGGCACACAAAGCAGACUUACUGAAGAGCAUCUUGUUUCAUGGAGUACCCAUGUUCCAGCCAAAGUACAUGCCGCAGUGCGAUGAAGAAGGCAAUUUUGCACCAAUGCAAUGCAUAAUGGACAGGAGUAAAUGCUGGUGUGUGGACCGUUUGGGAAACAGGAUAAAGAACAGCAGAGAGAAGCGGACAAGAGGAAAACCUGAGGAGUUAGAUUGCAGUUGAAAGCCCACGUCACAAGGAUGCAUUUUACACCCAUAUAUUGAGAGAUUCAGCAACAUGAUAAUAAUAUUAUAGAAUAGCCAAUCAUAAUAAAGAAAAGACUAAUUUAACGAAGUUCAAUUUUGUUUUAACCCUAAAGGGCCUCAAAAAUUUAUUGAUUGAUUGAAGCUUACAAAAUUUUCUUCAAACCAUGCAUUUUGUAGUUGUGUUACAUUGAAAAAGAAAUAUUUUGCAUAUUUUUUUAUUUUUUGUUCUGAUUACUGUAUGGGACAAAGUCUUUCAAUGUCAUCUUUCUAUAAAUAUAAUUGUCAGAACAAUCACAUAAACAAAAAUUGCACCCUAGUAGUCAUAUAUCAUAACCUGUUACAGUGCUAUGCACCAUACAGUUGCCACUUUUGAAAGUUUUUUAUUCAAUUUUGAAAUCUUCUGGACAACUUUUUGCUAAUUUUUGUUGGCUUCUAUAUGAACCAGCCAAUCAAAACAUGGAAACUGUCAAGGGUGAGGUGUUAAAUUGUCAAAUUCACCAUGAAAUCUCAUGGGAAUUUCAAAAGUCUCAACCUGCAAACGGUUGUAACCGAUGGAAAGUUGUUACAAUUUGAUUUCCCAUUUGAAAUGGAAGCCGUCAGAAGUUGUCAAAAAGUUGUCAAAAACUAACCAAAAACUUAUUAGGUGCAAUAGUAAGGUACGUCGCACUGUAAGGCUUCCCUCCAACUUUCAAAUUCUGAGUGCCGGUUAGCUUGCACUGCACAUGUAAUAGUAGUCAGAAGAAUUUCCUCACAUAAUUGAGCUGAUGUAAAAACAGAAUGAUGUACCUGUAUUGAGUAAUACCUAACUGAAGGGCAGAUUUAUUUUAUUUUAUUUUAUUUUAUUUUUUUCAUUUGAUUAAAUACUCACUACUUGAGGCCUAAAGAAAAGUAAAUACGCCAGCUUUACCAUGUACAUUGCAUCGCUCAGUCUUUUUUGGCCUUGCUUUUGGAUUUGUAUAAUAGGACAAAUGAUGAAAGAGUUAUGAUAGAUUAAACACUGAUUUUUGUUUAGUAAUAAUUAAAAUUUUGUAACCUGACUGAAGUUUUUUGUACUUUUUAUAACAAACAGGGGCCAUAUUCAGGUUUUCUUUGAUUCUUAUACUUGCUUUUAUGGAUGGUAUCUAAAUUGACUUGAUAGUAAGAUAUGUAAGUAAUUUAUUGAUAGUUUUAUUGCUGUACUUGAGGUGACCAACUUAAUUGUUUUCAAUACUAUUUAUCGGAAUAUAUUCAUCCUACAGUAUGUCAAAAAUCAAUGAGUAGUGACUUUCUUGUUUAAAAAUAAACCAGAUUUAAGUAUUAAA